GCUACUACAAACAAAUAAUCUAAUUAAAUACAUAUUCAUGUUGUAGUUGUACAUGUUGUGGGUUCGCAAGAAAAAAUAAUAUUAGAAAUUACCGUUCAUAAUUUCAGCAGGAUUAACGGUAGGCUGUUUGCUAUUGGUCAUUGAGGCAGAUCCAGUCCAUGUGUAAUUUUCGCUCGUACGUAAAGCGUAUGCUUCAUGAUGCAGUGUUGCCGCAUGAUGUAACAGAAAAACACGACACAUGUUGCCAAUGACUUUUCAGUUAUAAUUGGGGAAAUGCGACAUGGCUUCUAAUAGUAUGUGCAAUUUAUGCAAGCUUAAUUUUAAGAGCCGAGCUUAUUUAAUAUUACACCUCGGUACAUACCAUGGAAUACAAUAUCCUCAGUCAGUUGCACACACAUUGUCUAAUCGUAUGGGAGUUGAACAGCCACCCACAACAUCAGUGGAGGUUCCUGAAUCAUCUAAAAAAACAGAAGCAGAGACUAUGACAGUGGACCCGCCAGAGACAACAGUCAACGUUCCUGCAUCUCUUGAAACCAAAGUAGAGACUGUGGCAGAUUAUGAAACAGAAACUUCUAACAGCUCAGAGAAUAAUACUGAUGAUGAUGAUUAUAAUGGUCCUGAUCCUCUUGAAAACUCUGAUGAAGAUUCAGCCUCCAUGAAAUCUACAGAGAGCAAUGAAGAUGAUGUUUCAUUUAAAUACCACUAUAUCGUAUGUGUUUUUUUGGAAUUUCAUAAGAAAUAAGCAUACUGUGAUGAAAAUAUUGUGAUCAUUUUAAAAUGUAUGGACUAAGAAAAUAAAAAAUAAUAUAUAUAAUAAUGUUAGCACUAAAAAAAGUUCCAAAAAAAAUGUAAUUGUUUUGAUUAUUAUUUUAUUCUAAAGACUAUUCCUUCAGUUAAUUAUUUGUUUUAUUUUUAAAUAUAUUUGGACGUGUUAUGUUAUAUUUAUGUCUUUUAUAUAAUUUUAAGAUUUUGUUUUAAAAUUCUACUGUUAAUAAAUACCAGAAAAAUAUUCCUUAAAACACACACAAUAGCCAAAAAGUUGCAGGUGGCUGGAAACAUCGAUUAACCAUCCGGUGUGCCCAAAGUUUUUUAAAUGGAAAGACAAUCUAAAGGUAUGUAUUUACUUUACAAAAACUAAAUAUCUUUAACAUUUAACUGUUUAAUCAUGUUUUUUACUCCUUUUUUUUCAGGUUCAUCUCUUAGUCCACUUUGGUCAAGCAAACUAUUUAUGUGAUCAAUGUCAGAAAUCUUUUAAACUUAAACAUAACCUGCAAUGGCAUAUAUCACAUCAGCAUCAAACAGAGUAUGUCCAUUGCAAAUUCUGUAUAAAGAAAUUCAAAGAUCAAAGGCAGCUAGGCUAUCAUGAAAACUUACAUACGGGGAAAAAGCCCUAUACAUGCAAAAGU